AUGUAUCACCAGCCUGUGCUGAAGAACAGGCGCACACUGCUGGAGAGAGCAGAGAAGUUCAUCUCAGAUAUUUAUUUCACAGACUGCAAUCUGAGAGGACGGCUUUAUGGAGACUCUAACCCGCUGGAAUCCAUCACCUCCUUCCUUUCCUCAAAGCGGAUCACAUUCACUGAAGCUUCCAAGCAAAACUUUGCACCGUAUAAAGUUGGUGAUACCUUUGGACCAACGUGGUGGACUUGCUGGUUUAAAGUGAGCCUGAAAAUCCCAGAGUCCUGGAGAGGGAAAGAGGUCCAUCUUCUGUGGGAAAGCGAUGGAGAAGCUAUGGUUUGGAGAGAUGGACAGCCAGUUCAGGGCCUGACUAAGGACGGUGAAAAGACGAGUUACAUCCUCUCUGAGUGUCUGAAAGAUGAGGAGCCCCACAGUUUUACACUUUAUGUGGAAAUGGCUUGUAAUGGGCUUUUUGGAGCUGGUCAAGGGUCCAUGAUUGCAGCUCCAGACCCAAACAGGAAGUUUUCAGUGCAGAGAGCGGAGCUGGUGAUAUUUAACAGGGAUGUCAGGCAGCUGCUGACUGAUUUUGAGAUGCUCGUUGACAUUGUAAAGGAACUGGGAGAGGGAGAGCAACGAGGCUACCAGGCCCUUUUCACUGUCAAUGAGAUGGUGAACCUGUGUGACCCGUUUGAUCCCAGUUCUUUCUCCAGAGCCCACAGUCUGGCUCACAAAUUCUUCCGCCAGCGGAAUGGAGAAAGCCAACAUAUUGUCCAUGCAAUGGGUCAUUGCCACAUAGACUCAGCCUGGCUGUGGCCUUAUGAAGAGACCAUUCGCAAAUGUGGCCGAAGUUGGGUGACUGUGAUCCGUUUAAUGGAGAAGAACCCAGAGUUUGUCUUUACUUGCUCUCAGGCGCAGCAGUUCCAUUGGGUGAAGGCCUGGUACCCAGGACUCUUCUCCCAGAUUCAGCAUUAUGUGAAGAAAGGCCAGUUUAUUCCAGUUGGAGGAACGUGGGUAGAAAUGGAUGGCAAUCUGCCGUCGGGUGAGUCCAUGGUUCGACAGUUCCUGGAGGGCCAGCUGUUCUUUAACCAAGAGUUUGGGAUGCAUUGCAGAGAGUUCUGGCUCCCUGAUACGUUUGGCUACUCUGCCCAGCUUCCUCAGAUAAUGCAGGGAUGUGGCAUUUCUAAUUUCUUGACACAGAAGCUCAGCUGGAAUUUAGUCAACACCUUUCCNUUCAAAAAGCAUUUAAUGGUCUGGGGCCACAAAUGGGCUGACUUGUCAGAGCACAACUUUGGAGUUGCAUUGCUGAAUGACUGCAAAUAUGGUUACUCCAUCCACCAGAACACAAUGACUCUGUCCCUGCUGAGAGCACCAAAGGCUCCAGAUGCCACUGCUGACAUGGGGACUCAUCAUUUCACAUAUGCAAUCAUGCCACACACAAGAUCCUUCCAAGAAGCUUCUGUCAUCCAGUUUGCAUACAACCUCAAUUUCCCUCUGAGGUUGAUCCAGUGCAGCCCCGACACUGUGGCCUGGAGUGGCUUUUCUGUCAACCCUGAAUCCGUCAUACUUGAGACCAUCAAACAGGCGGAGGGCGGAAAGGGGACACUUGUAGUCCGUCUGUAUGAGUCUCAUGGGAGCAGCGUCACUGCGACUCUGCGCACCACCCUUCCAGUCAAGGAAGCCUGGCAUUGUGAUCUGUUGGAGAGGCAAGACCCCACCCAGCCAGCACGUGUUACUUCGGAGGGAAUUACUCUGAACUUCAGUCCCUUUCAAAUUGUGUCACUGCUGCUCACCUUCUGAUUAGAUAUGACAUUCUGCUAAGUCUCAAUGGUACUAUAAAUAAAGUUAGUGAUUAUAAAUUAGUUGAAGAAAUCACGACUGAGUAUUUCCACCUUGAAAUUGCAGCAUACUGAUGACGGUGUCAAAAUUCAGAAAUCCAGGAUUUAAUAUGUAUCAAUCCUAAAGAAUCAAUCUCAACAGCUAGCAAAGUGGGGUUUCCUGUAUCAUUCUUCUUCAGAAUUGGCUUCCACUUCACACAUGUAUGUCUGAAUUACUCAAAUGCUUCAACUUCCCAUUGUGUAAUGCAGUUUUAGAGUGUUUGACCAAAGUCUUAGGUGAGCUGGUGUGCUCGAGCUUGGAGGGAGGGAGAAGAAAGGUGGAUACUUUAUAGAUCUAAAUAUUCUAGAGGAGCAAUGCUAUGAAGUCACAUUUGAAGCUACAUUUUAAGGCAGAUUCUCUUUGAGAUAAAGAAAACUUUGAUACACAAGUAACUUUUUUUAGGGGUUUCAUCCACGAGCAGUGAGCGACUUUUAACACUUUGCUAAAAAACAAUCUGAUUCUGUUUUGUUAAGAGUUAAUUAGGAAACUUCAA